AACCGAAAGAAACGCUACCGCUCUCGACUGCUCUGCUUUUUAUACACGAUUAACUUAUUUAAACAACGUACUCCUCGAUUAUUUUAAGAGUUUUUGUGCGGCGGAGAGGAUAACAGUGCCUCUCGAUUAUCUGGGAGCUUUUUGGUAGCGGGCAGAACUAUAAAUCGGAUUUUAUUGGUCGUUUUAACUUUGGGAAGCAGCGUUUUCCGCGGUUUCCCCCUUGCCGCCCGCGCUGUGUGUGAGCCGGGCCUUUAGUGUUGGUUUAGCCACGAGGCACGUCCUUACCGCCGGACCAGGGCGAUGGCAGAGUUUGGGAAUGGACUAGCAGACGAAUCCCUGCUGGAUUCUGACCCCGGACAUCCCGAACUAGAAGACCCCGGUGUGGGAGACGAGGAGCCGGGGUUAGACGAAGGAGAGGCCGCUAUUGAAGACCCGGAGCUGGAGGCGAUCAAGGCCCGUGUGAGAGAGAUGGAGGAAGAGGCCGAGAAGCUGAAGGAGCUACAGAACGAGGUGGAGAAACAGAUGAACCUCAGUCCACCGCCAGGCCCCGUCAUUAUGUCCAUUGAAGAAAAGAUAGAAGCAGACGGCAGAUCAAUUUAUGUUGGGAAUGUGGAUUAUGGUGCUACGGCAGAAGAGCUUGAGGCUCACUUUCACGGCUGCGGUUCAGUCAACAGAGUCACGAUUUUAUGUGACAAAUACACGGGACAUCCUAAAGGUUUUGCGUAUAUUGAAUUUGCAGACAAAGAGUCUGUUAGGACGGCCAUGGCAUUGGAUGAGUCUCUAUUCAGAGGAAGGCAGAUAAAGGUGGGUGCGAAGCGGACAAACAGACCAGGCAUCAGCACCACAGACCGCGGGUUCCCCAGGGCUCGGUUCAGGUCACGAGGAGGAAGCUUCUCAUCGCGCGCUCGAUACUACAGCGGAUACACGCCCCCUAGAGGCAGAGGACGGGCCUUCAGGUUUCAGGACCAGUGGAGGCUGACGACCCCUCCCCAGGUGGCACCGGCGCCACCUACUGUCUCGGCGGCGUCUCUCUCACUCUCUGCUCCCGCUAUGCACACUCACCCCAUCCUGUCCGUGUGGGGGGCGGGGGAGGGGGGCAGGGCGACCACCGGCCAGCCGCGGGGGGUAUUUACUACAAUAGCAAGCGCUGAUAACCCAACCUUUUUUUUUUUAAGAUUUUGGUUUCUUUUUCCAAUUUCGACACGCAUCAGUGACAACAUGCAGGCAUAUACACACUCAAGACACGUCACACAGGCACUUGAGAGGAAGGCAGAGGAGAAAAUACACUUUGUUUUUUUACACAGUCAGCGGAGCUAAGAGCAGGCAGGCUAAUGUAAGAGGACAGCAGGACCAGAGACUAGGGAGUUUUUGGGGUGUACAGUGCGGACCUUAUAGCACCCCCUAUCUCUGACUUGGCACAGUGUAGUCACGGCUGGUCUGAGGAGGGCAUCAGAGCCAGUGGCAAUGAUUAAUUUAACUAAAGAGUGGGCCGGAGCUGUUAUUUUAGGGAGGGGAAAGUCAGGGGCUGGGUUUGUGUGGAGAUUUUUUGUUUUUAUUGAAAAAAAAGGGGGAGUGGGUUUGAAAAAAUGUUUUGCAUUUUUAUUUUUAUCCCAUGAGUCUGUAAUUAGAAAAAAAAUAAAGACAUUGUGUAAAAAUUA